GCCGGUAGUAUCCCCUUCGCAAAACCCCAACCUCCAGCGAUUUCUCUCCCAGCGUUACGAAACGCCCACCGCCCCUCCCCAGCCAACGCCGCCCCCGGCUCGCCUCUCUCACGGGCCAGAGAUUGAGUUCCCAUCAUCCUCCCCGCCGGCGUCCUCGUCCCCUUCCUGCCUCCCCUCAACCCUCUUGUUUCGGUGCGGAGAUCCCGCGUGUGGAGUCAGAUCCUCGGUCUCCAGAGCGCGGGGCUCGAAGGCGGCGGCAGCAGCUGCCGGACAGAGAAGCGGAACCAUGACUGCGCAGAACAAGAAGAGGGGUGUUGUGGAGAAUGGAGACGGCGGUAUCGGCACGGCUCUGGCUAGCUUCAUCGCAAACAAUGAGGACCUAGGCCCAAUUGUGCGGCGUGCUUUCGCGGCAGGGAACCCUGACGCUCUCUUCAACAGCCUCAGGGGCAUCGCGAAGAGGAAAGAGGUUGAGAUCGAGGAGCUCUGUAGGCUCCACUAUGAGGAAUUCAUCCUUGCGGUCGACGAGCUGCGUGGGGUGUUGGUUGAUGCCGAUGGACUCAAGGGCACGAUGGCAGACGAGAACCUGCGCUUGCAGGAGGUUGCUACUGCCCUGCUGCAGAAGAUUGAUGAGCAUAUUGAGUUGGAUGAGGUGAAUAAGAAUGUUGGGGAAGCACUGGCGACGCUGAAGAUCUGUCUGCAAGUCACCAGCCUGUGCCACAUGUGCAACAAGGACAUCACUGAAGGCAAUUUUCAGACCGCGCUGAAGACUUUAGAGCUGAUUGAGAAGGACUACAUGCAAAAGAUUCCCCUGGAGCGUCUUCAAAAGGUUGUUCAGAAAAAAGUACCAAUGAUAAAACUGUAUAUUGAGAAGAAAGUUUGCGGUGAGUUUAAUGAGUGGUUGGUGUAUAUCAGAAAGUCUGCAAUGGAGAUUGGGCAAGCCUCGAUACGCCAGGUCUCUCUGGAUCGUCAGAAAGAUGAGGGUAUGCGUGCCCGGCAGAGGGAAGCAGACGAUUAUGGUUAUGUUGGGUUUGAUGAACAUGCCUAUUCUUUGGAUUUGGAGGAUGUAGGCGAUGAAGCAACAGUAGAAUUUGAUCUUACACCAGUGUACCGAGCAUACCACAUUCACAAAAGUCUUGGUCUUGGAGAAAAGUUUCAGGAAUAUUACUACAGUAAUAGGCUCAUGCAACUCAACUUGGACAUGCAAAUUUCCACGACACAACCAUUCAUUGAGUCCCACCAAUACUUCCUUGCACAGGUAGCUGGAUUCUUUAUUGUCGAGGACCGUGUACUUCGAACUGCAGACGGUCUUCUGUCUGACAGCCAGGUUGAGACAAUGUGGGAAAUAGCUAUUUCUAAGGUCACCUCUAUUUUAGGGGAACAGUUCUCUCACAUGGAAGCUGGUAACCACCACCUCCUUGUAAAAGAUUAUGUCUCUCUUCUGUGUGCAAGCAUGAAGAAUUAUGGAUAUCAAACCACAUCUUUGCUUGAAGUUCUUGACAAUAAUAGGGACAGAUAUCAUGAGCUGCUUCUUUCUGAUUGCCGGAAGCAGAUAGAAGGUGUCUUUGCUAAGGACUCAUAUGAAAGGAUGGUUAUAAAGAACGAAAACGAGUACAAUAUGAAUGUCUUAACAUUUCAACUUGAAAACAUCGGUUUAGUCCCAGAUCUUCCAUAUACCGCACCAUUUUCCUCUUGUGUUCCUAGUGCUUGCCGUAUCGUGCACUUUUUUAUCGAGGCCUCAGUAAGCUACAUGUCACACUGUGGUACAAUGAACUGCUAUGAUGUGGUGAAAGGAUAUCUAGACAAGCUCUUAAAGGUACUGAAUGAUGAUCUUCUGAACUUGAUACAUGUUGGUUCUGUGGAAAUUGCACAGAUGGUGCAGAUUGCAGGAAAUAUUGCCAUUCUUGAGCGCUCCUGUGAUAUGUUCCUCCGUCAAGCUGCCCAACUUUGUGGUCUCCCCAGACGGCUUCUUGAGAUGCCUCAUUCUGGUUUGACUGGUAGAGCUUUGCUCAAAGCUUCCCAAAAUGCGGCAUACACUGGAUUAAUAACCUUGGCCAAUUCAAAGAUAGAUGAAUUUGUGUUGCUCUUGACCGGCAUCAAUUGGACAUCAGAGGAAACUCCAGAACAUGCAAAUGACUACAUGAAUGAAAUCCUCAUCUACCUUGACAUGCUAGUAUCAGCCGCGCAACCGAUUUUGCCUAAAGAGGCCCUCUUCAAGGUUAUUUCUACUGCUCUCAGCCACAUCUCAGACUCUAUAAUAACAGUUCUUCUUAGCGACAGGGUGAAAAGGUUCAAUAUCAAUGCUGUUGUAGGUAUUGAUAUUGACCUGAAAAUGCUAGAAGAGUUUGCAGAUGACAGAUUUCACAGUACUGGAUUGUCGGACCUUAGAAAGGAAACAAGUUUCAAAGACUGUUUGGUCGAAAUUAGGCAGCUGACUAAUCUUCUGCUCAGCAACCAGCCAGAGAGCUUCAUGAAUGCUGUGAUAAGGGAGAAUAAUUAUGGGUCCUUGGACCACAAGAAGGUAACCAUCAUCUGUGAGAAGUUCAGGGAUGCUUCAGACAGUUUGUUUGGGAGCCUUUCAGGCCGAAGCAUGGUGCAGAAUGCUCGGAAGAAGUCCUUGGAUGUGUUAAAGAGAAGGUUGAAGGAUUUUAGCUGAGAUUAGCUAUGUUCCAUCCCAAUUAAGCUGGCACCCCUUGAGAAGAAGACUGAUACCUGUUGAUCUUAGCUGUUUUAUAUCAGUUACAUUUCCUUGUUCUUCUUCUCCUCUUAAAUCUCCUUUGUUCUAGCCUCAUAAUGGAACCAGUGUAGUUUUAUAACAGUGUCCAGUACAUGUCUUUGGAUGGUCGUAAUAGUACUUCUCUAUCAUCAUUCGGUACUUAUGGUUCUAUCUUGAGUAUCAUGUUAAUGUUCUGAAUUAUGGAGCCCCUGCCCCCUGCUGCACAAAUCUACAGUUCACUUUGCAUUGUGGAGAAACAAGAAUGGCACUGUUAAGAUGCGA